UUAAGACGCAGCGCCAGACGAGACGGGUUAACUUCGGCUUCCGUUCUCGGGCUCAGAGUUCUGGGUGCUGGUUGUGGUUCCUCGUCUAGUUCUGGUCACAGAGUAUUCAGUCAUCAGCGCAGCUCGAUAGCGAAAGAUGUUCGACGGGAGCGGCGGUUCCAGUCCCACCGAUCCAUCUAAUCCAAGGUCGCGGGGAUAGGACAGCUCCGUUGUGUCGAUUGGCGCCAUGUGCUGCUGGUGUGCACGUGUCUACUGGACGGUUCUGCACAAUCUCCUGGUUCGCAUGAUGGACAGCCUGAUGGAAGUCAGAUCGCCCAGCUUCUGUAGCCGCUGCUUCGGUUAUCAGCGGCAGGCCAGUCAGGAAAGUGACGCCGCCGAACGGGUUUUCAGCACCGACGACGAUCCACAUCAGCAGCCCCGUGAAGAUUACGUCAUUGUGGACGAUGCCGACGUCAACUACGCGGAGAUCGAGGAGCGGCAUGUGGAAAAGGAGCAAUACUACUUCACAGUGGAUCGGCCCACGGCGGAGCGAAUGCUCCAUGGACGGGAGGACGGGUCCUGCCUGGUUCGUCCUUUCAAGGCAGCCGACCAGUGCAUCCGCUACAUCGUGAGCAUCUGGGCGGCGGAUCAGUACUAUCACCUGUUCAUAAGGCAAGUGGACAGGAGGCAGCGCUACGCCAUAGGGCAGAAGAAGUGCCAGGAGCGCUGCUUCGGAUCCCCCUCGGAAAUUGUGGACUUCUACACGCAGCACCCACUUCUCUGCACAAACAAGGUACGGAGUCAGUGCGUCCAACUCCGCCCCAUCAGUUACGCUUAAGUAGGGGGCAAAUCUUUAUUGCAUAAGAGAGGGCAAGUAUGUACAAAUGGGGUUAGCUUAAGACGAUCCUCAGGUGGCCACCACCGCCUUGAAGGCGCACUGGUUGUUCUGCAUCAGGGCGGGCCAAAGGAAGGCCUUUAUCAGAUCCGAUCGCCGGUCCGCCUGGGGAUGCCGCUCGUGUUUCUCGGGCCUCAGGAAGCCUGCAUGGAAUUCACGUAGAUAUAGGAUUCUUAAUCGAUUAAAGAGCAUCUUAAAACGCA